CGCAUGCGCAAAGAGGAGACUUAAGAAUAAUUUCUCCCGACAUUUUCGUGAAAUCAAGGCCAAAAUAUCAUUUUCAUGGCGGAUACCGACGCCAAAAGAUCGGAAUCCCGGUCUCAGUCCAGUCUAUUACUACGUCGGCAACUGAUGGAACUAAACAGCAAGCGUGACAGGGAAGGAGAAAACAGUUCCCCCACUUUAUUUUCCGCUGGAUUGGUCGACGAUUCUGAUAUCUACACAUGGGAAGUGCUCAUUAUUGGUCCACCUGAUACAAUCUAUGAAAAUGGUGUCUUUAAAGCAAUUCUGAAAUUUCCACACGACUAUCCACACCGACCUCCAGAGAUGAAAUUUACUACUAAGAUGUGGCAUCCAAACAUAAAAGAAAAUGGUGAUGUGUGUAUCUCAAUUCUUCAUGAACCCGGAGACGAUAAAUAUGGCUACGAAAAAGCAAAUGAACGCUGGAAUCCUUGUCAAACAGUUGAAACGAUAAUGUUGAGUGUUAUCUCCAUGUUGGCUGACCCUAAUGAUGAAUCGCCUGCCAAUGUGAAUGCAGCAGUACAGUUCAGGGAAGAUUAUCCAGGCUUUAAGAAACAAGUGUUAAAAACAGUGAGAAUAAGCCAAGAGGAUAUGGAAUAAAACAGAUUCUGCCAUGCGAUUCUUCCAGCCUUUAAUUCUCCACCCAUCAACAGACAACGCCACCUACAGGAAUCCGUGUGUGCACAGGCAUGAUUCAAGUGGAAGGACAGACUGUCGUGAUUCUAAAAACAACGUGUCAAAAACAAUGAUGGCAGAUUCUUUUCCGUUUUCUCCAUCAUGGCAAUGAAUGAAUGGUAUUGGAGGAUUAGUGACUGGGAGGAGCAUGGUGCAUCCACUACAAACUCUCAGAGAUAAUUCAUAGUCAUCAAAUAUUCAAAAGUUUAGGCAGGAUUGGAUGAAGGGAGUCCAGAAUGGACCAUCAGGAGCAUGGCACAACAGGACAUCAGUGACUUUCAGGAGCUUGGUACAAGUGGGCGUAUUUGAAACCCUAUUCCUGAUUCCUGGAGAACACGAGACUACAUGUAGUAGACAAUAGUGUGGAUUGUGAAUGAGAAAGUGCUUGUCAGUGACACUUGUCAUGUGCUCUGCUCGCAUGUUCUUCAUCUGCACCUCCAUACAUGUAAUGAUAAAAGCGCGGAGUGAAAAUCUUGCUCUCAAACACUCUCCUGUGUUGGUUCUUGGACAUUCGAAACCUCAUUCAUGUGCUGCAUCACUCACACCCUACGCACAACCUUGUUCGUGUGGACACACACUUUUGUAUUCGCAAAUGGCAACUUCUAGAAAACUUCCGUUCUCUGGUGACCCAAGAAUGGCAUUUCGAAUACGCCCAGCAUGAUGUUUUAGCGAUGUGCACUUCAAUAUCAUUUAUAGCCAAUAAUCAAUUAAAUGGUGUUUUCUUGGGAGUUUCGAUUUCAGUUAAAAGUUUCACACAAAAAUGGUUAUUGAUGCUGAAACAUUGAAUCUAAGAAGUUAAAAAAGUGAUGCAGAAUGAUUUUCUGUUCUUUAAAAUUGUAUAGAUGUUUCUGUGUUCUGGGAUCAGUCAGAACUUGCCUUAAUAAUAGGCAAAAACUUCAUUGCUAUGGUCAUAUUCUUGGAUUCAGUGUGAUGUAUAAAGCUUGAAAAUUUGUAAACAAUAACCAUACUCUGACACAGUCUUGAUAAUGGACUCUUCAUCAAAAUUAUUAACAUCUCUCUGUCAAGGUCAACAUCGCUCUAAUUUUAAGUCCAGAUAAUAGCUGAUGGCCUCCACAGUAAACAAUGAGUCAAACAUCUCUUCCUCCUGGUCAGUGUUACGCCGACUCGAAUUGCACUCAGAUUGUGCUGGUUUCGGUGCACUCAGAUUGUGCUGAUUUCGGUGCACUAGAUUGUUUUUUGUUGUCUUUGCCACAUUUCUUCCAAUGUUAGUUUUAAGUUUAGUUGAGAGCAUAACGAUGGAAUCCUGUGGAGCUGCAUUGGAAAUCUUCAUGUUUUCUUUAAUUCAAUAGUAAUGUCUCUUUUAUACUUCAAAAUUCUUUCCAAGGACGUUUAAGCUGUUCUUACAUGCGCUGAAUUGACUGCCACAGGAUUCCAAUGUUGUAUACAUAUGUGUUGACUGUGACCUGGUUAAGAAUUUGUAUACUUUUCAUGCAUUUCUGAUGUAAAUACGAUGUAAUCUAGUAUUUCAAGCUUGUCGAAUCAGUAUACUUUCCUUUCAUCUCCUCUUCACUUUCCCAGGAAUUUCGUGACAAUUUCCACUUAUUCCAGUCGAUUUCAGGUAUCGUAAGGAAAACUGGGUGCAGUGUGUUUGAAAUUGUUACCAAGUAUCUUGGAACAUUACUUGCCUCAUCAAUACCACUGUGCUCCUUCAUGUUAAACGUGAUAGACCUGUAUUGUAAGCCCUCUACUUGUGUGCAGUCGGACACAAAAUGUUGCGAGUAACUCUGAAAAGGCACAUUUCUUUGCAAGGACUUUCCUGUUCUAUACUCACUCUGACCAGGCGAGGCUUUUAGGGUUUUUGUUUUUUCCACUUUAUUUUUACUGAAGGAGAAAUCAACCUUCAUGAUCUGCUAUGCUUAAGGCAUCCUAUGCUCCUCGAAGUGGUUCCAUUAACCCCUUGCUGGGGUUCAUUUUCUCAAAAUUCCAAGGACAAAAUUUUUGAGGAUAAUGCUUCAGAAAAACAUCAAGAGUAAUCCCUUGGAUUUUGACAAAAAUGGACCCCUGCAAGGAGGAAUAACAUUGAACCACUUCAAUUGGUUCAAACGGUGCUUCAGGCAAAGCUGGUCAUAUUGAUUGGAAACAAGGUUUCAUGUCAAAUCAUUUCAUGUUAUUAUUUUGUUGUUAUUUUGGUUAAUCCUCAGGUACUUUAUUUCAUGCUAAUAGAAAAAAAAUUAAAUUGUUUAAUGAAUUAUUAACAAGCACUGACAUCAGAUGACGAUUUAAAGUAAGUGAAACAUGAACAUUUUAAUCCCCUGACGGCGGAUAAAUCAAUUGGUUGCACUAAAGCAGAUCUGUAUAAAGUAGUCAACAAAUUUGAAGUAGUUGUAGCGACUCUUGCCCCCUGCAACACUGCUUGCUUUUAUACAUAUUGCACGCAAUCCAAACGAAAACAUUGCCAGGGGUGGCACCUGAUACCAAUGUUUUUUCAUUCCACCAUCAACUCAUCAUCAUUGUUCAUCUCAUGUUAACUUGAACCAAACAUCCAUGCAUUCUCUAUAUGAUAUUCACUGGAUGUUUGAUGCAUGUCAGGGUGACCUCACUAUUAUUAAUGUGUUUAUUUCAUGUGCUGUCUCUAAUCUGCUUCUCAUUUCUGACUGGUCAUUAUAUUGUAAUAUAAAACGAUAAUAAAGAUGUUUCUAUGCA